UGUCACCUGUGUUCUCGGAGCCGAAUCAGAAAUGUCGUCAGGCACGCCAGACUUACCUGUCCCACUCACCAAUGUGAAGUUUCAGUAUACGAAGAUCUUCAUAAACAAUGAAUGGCAUAAGUCGGUGAGUGGCAAGAAAUUUCCUGUCUUGAAUCCUGCAACUGAGGAGGUAAUCUGUGAGGUAGAAGAAGGUGAUAAGGAGGAUGUUAACAAAGCAGUGGCGGCUGCAAGACAGGCUUUUCAGAUUGGCUCUCCAUGGCGUACCAUGGAUGCUUCCGAGAGGGGACGUCUACUAUACAAGUUGGCUGAUUUAAUUGAGAGAGAUCGGCUGCUCCUGGCAACAAUGGAGUCCAUGAAUGGUGGAAAACUAUUUUCUAAUGCAUAUCUGAUGGACUUAGGAGGCUGCAUAAAAACAUUACGCUACUGUGCAGGCUGGGCUGACAAGAUCCAGGGACGCACGAUACCAGUUGAUGGAGACUAUUUUACUUAUACAAGACAUGAGCCUGUUGGUGUGUGUGGCCAAAUCAUUCCUUGGAAUUUCCCGUUGGUCAUGCUCAUUUGGAAGAUAGGGCCUGCUCUUAGCUGCGGAAACACAGUGGUUGUCAAGCCGGCAGAGCAGACUCCUCUCACUGCCCUUCAUGUGGCAUCUUUAAUAAAAGAGGCAGGGUUUCCUCCUGGAGUUGUGAAUAUUGUCCCUGGUUAUGGGCCUACUGCAGGGGCAGCCAUUUCUUCUCACAUGGAUGUAGACAAAGUGGCCUUCACAGGAUCCACAGAGGUUGGCAAAAUUAUCAAAGAAGCUGCUGGGAAAAGCAAUCUGAAGAGGGUGACCCUGGAGCUGGGUGGAAAGAGCCCUUGCAUUGUGUUCGCUGACGCUGACUUGGACAAUGCCGUCGAAUUUGCGCACAUAGGGUUAUUCUACCACCAAGGCCAAUGUUGUGUAGCUGCAUCCCGGCUUUUUGUGGAAGAAUCAAUUUACGAUGAGUUUGUUCGAAGGAGUGUUGAGAGGGCUAAAAAGUAUGUUCUUGGAAAUCCUCUGACCCCAGGAGUCAAUCAAGGCCCUCAGAUUGAUAAGGAACAAUAUGAAAAGGUGCUUGACCUCAUUGAGAGUGGGAAGAAGGAAGGAGCCAAAUUGGAGUGUGGCGGAGGUCCGUGGGGAAAUAAAGGCUACUUUGUCCAGCCCACGGUUUUCUCUAAUGUGACAGAUGAGAUGCGCAUUGCCAAAGAGGAGAUAUUUGGACCAGUGCAGCAAAUCAUGAAGUUUAAAUCUAUAGAUGACGUGAUCAAGAGAGCCAACAAUACUCUCUAUGGCUUAUCAGCAGGAGUCUUUACCAAAGACCUUGAUAAAGCCAUCACAGUCUCCUCCGCUCUGCAGUCCGGGACAGUGUGGGUGAAUUGCUAUAGCAUGGUGUCUCCCCAGUGCCCCUUUGGUGGAUUCAAGAUGUCUGGAAAUGGGCGAGAACUGGGAGAAUAUGGUUUCCAUGAAUACACAGAGGUCAAGACAGUCACGGUGAAAAUUUCUCAGAAGAUCUCAUAAGGAAACUACAAGAGUGGAGAGAAGAAUUCUCAAUGGCUGAGCAUCUCCUCCAGUUGCUAAUAUACUAGAGUGGAUUUUAAAUAUAGAAUUGUUCUUUUCUUGAUUUCUUUCAACAUAAGCAGAUCAUAUUAGCAUUAAUACUACACAUAGAAAACUUGACAUGUAGCUUAUUCUGAAAGAAUCAUUUACCUUCUGAUAUAUGACCCCCAAGUCUUUUCUAAUAAAAUGAACAGAUUUGGAUGCAAGCUCUCAAGCUGUGUAAUACUCAUGUCCUUUUCUUUGUAGCUACUUGUCCAGGAUGAUCCUUUUAUAGAAGAGGACCAGUUAUCAUUUAGCUUCUUUCUCUUAACAACCCCUUGAAAUACUUACCAUACCUGCAGAGUUAACUGCAGAGUAGAUGUGCUCUGUUCCCAGUAGUUGUGAAGUCCUUGGAGUUUGUUGAAAUGUUGCCUAGAAUGCCAUGUCUGCUUGUCAAAUGAAGUAAUGCCUGAAAUAUUUAGCUGUAAUCUAAACAUAAAGCUUAAUAAA